AGACACGCCCAUCCAUCCACCCAGCCAGAGCCCCAGCACACAAGGAGGCAGCAUCUGUCCCUUCCUUACCACAAAAAUAUCUGACUGUAGGAGUCAGAGAGGAUAAAGAAACCAUUUAAAAAGAGACUGGGUCCUAUUUAUAAGAGGAAAAGAACAUGACGAGCGUGGCGGACAGGGCAACUGCUUUCAAGCACGCCGUGAGUGGAUCCAACAUAAACAAAAUAGUAUGCAAGGCAUCCAGUCAUGACCUAGCUGGACCUAAGAAGAAACAUGUAGAUUUCUUGAUCACUCUUACCAACAACCCACAAGUCUCUAUGCCAACUCUAGUGGACAUGUUAGGCGAGAGAUUGACUAAUUCCAGUUGGAUAGUUGUCAUGAAAGCAUUAAUAACAACUCACAACCUUUUAACACUGGGAAACGAGAAAUAUCUUCAAUGUUUGGCCACUCGCACAAAUCCCUUUGAAUUGGAAGGUUUUCAUGAUCGUAGCUCUGUCCUUGCUUCCGACAUGACAAAAUAUGUUCACAAAUAUUCGAGAUAUUUGGGUGCUUACUGCAGUGGAUAUAGAGCUACUGUAUUGGACAUAUAUAGGAUGCCAAGAGGUGAUAAAAGUCCACUUAGAGCAAUGGAUCAUGCUAAACUCCUCAAAGCUUCAACUGUCCUUCAGGGACAGCUAGAUCUACUCUUAGACCUGGAUAUUACCCAAGGAGAACUAACCAAUGGCGUCAUCAACACAGCAUUCCUCAUGUUAUACAAGGACUUGAUUAAGUUGUAUGCCGUGUACAAUGAUGCACUUCUUAAUGUACUAGAACACUUUUUUGAAAUGAAGAAGGCCCAGUGUAAAGAGGCCGUCGAGAUUUAUCGCAAAUUUCUAACAAGACAAGAAAACGUUCAGAAUUUUUUGAAACUUGCAGAGGAAAUCGGUGUUGAUCAGAAGUCUCACCUAAACCUCCGCCAGGUACCAGCUGAUUUGCUUCAAGCACUGGAGGAGCACAUUGGAGAAAUGGACACUAUUAGAAAGGCAGCCAAUAACCAGAAACCAAGUCCUCAGAUUAAAGCUGCCUCUGAGAAACUCUCUGGGAUGAAGGACCAGCGUACUAGCAGCGGAUCAAACACCCCAACCUUCCGCUCCAUCACUCCGAAUAAGAUGCCACAAGGUAACGAGGAGCUCCUUGAGGCUCAGAAGAAACGCUUUGAAGAACUUAAGAAACGUGCUUCAGAUAAGAAUUUUGGAGGAGGGAGUCCUGUACCUCAAGACCCUCCCCCUGCAGCAUCAAAAGGUAGAUCAAAGUCUCCGGAAGGUGACGAGUUUGACAAGAUGGCCGCCACGAGGUCGACCCCACAACUCCAACCAGCAUCAAACAACAAAUCAGGUGGACUAGACGAAUUGUUUGGACUUGAUUUUGGAGCUACAGGCACAAGUGGAUCUGCUAGUAUGUCAAUGGGAGGAAGUACUGCUACUGCUGGAGGAAACACCUUUAAUCCUUUUCAGUCUCAGCCUCAGAACAAUCCAUGGGGAGGUGGCGGCGGGUAUCAAGAGGUGAGCCUUUUCCCACAGUCCGGGGGUAAUCCUUUGGACUCUUCAUUUGGUAGUCCUGCUCCUACUUCAAUGGGUAACAGUCUUGGUGACGUGUUGCAGCCUGUGGCUACGGGACCUCUAGCUGCUCCAGUUUCUCAGCCACAGCCCAAACGAUUAACCACUGACGUUGACUCAAGCUUAGCCCAGGCAGCUGCUAAUCUAAGCAUUGAACUAUCAGGAGGAGGAGGAGGAGGAGGAGGAGGAGGAGCUGGUGGUGGUGGUGGUGUGUUUGGAGUACCACCCAGCAGCAAGCCUUCUCUACAGUGGUCUGGUCCCACUCCCCAGCAGAGCACGCUGACUGGUGGUCCCAUGUACCAAAGGCCACAGAUAAUGCAACCAACUACGCUACCACCUGGUCAGUCGGCGGCCAUGUUUGGAGGUGGAGGGUUUUAUCAACCUCAGGGACCUUAUGGAAUGCAACCUAGUGGAUUCCAGCAGCAAGGAGGUUGGCCUCAAACUGGUGGGCCUAUGAUGGGAGCUGCUCCUAUGUAUAAUCAAGGGUCUUAUAAUUACUCGACACCUCAACGACAGCAACCUUUCUUCUAAUUUUGAAGGCACACAAAGUGACAAUUACGAGUUUAGCUUCUGAUAUUUUUAACUGUCUAUUAUUGUUGUUAUUAUUAUUAUUAUUAUUAUUAUUAUUGUUAUUAUUAUUGUUAUUGUUAUUAUUAUUGCACUUUUUCAUUGUACCGAAAGCUACUCACACAUAUUAUCCACACAUUAUUAUUAUUAUUAUUACUAUUGUUGUUAUCUAUUGCUAUUGUUAUUAUUGCUGGUGUCAGAAUAAUAGAAACAAUUAUUACACGUAAUUCCUCUCUUUUUUGCAUUACUUAAUAGUGCUUUCUCACUCAUGUAAUUAUAUUUUAGUAUUAAGUUAUAUUUUAUAUUCUAGCAAUAUACACCUGA